AUGUUCCACAAGUUUACUGUAUUAUUUUUAGUGGCGGCUUCUGUAGUUGCAGUCAGUGCUAUCAGCUCAAAGGCAUUAUCCCUUUUAGCUGCUGGUAAUCAUGAGGAUCAUAAACAGUUUGAGGAGUUUAAAAAAAACUUCAACAAACAAUACACGCCAGAAGAAGAAAAAACCCGUUUCCAAAACUUCCAGAAAACUUUAAGGCAUAUUGAAGAAAACAACGCGAAAUUCGCAAAAGGAGAAGUUAGUCAUACUGAAGGAAUCAACCAAUUUUCCGAUUUGAGCGCAGACGAAUGGGCACAACGCAACCAUGGACACGUUAUUAUCCCCGAAGGACUCAACCAAUUUGGCGAACAUGGGUUUAAAAAACCAUGA